CGAGCCCAGGCGCGCGUGCGGCCGGGCUGAGUCGCGGGAGCGGGGGCGAGGAGAGUCCUGGGCGGCUGUCGCGCUGCCUCUGCGCCCCCCUCCGCAACUGGCCUCUCCCCUCCCCGCGGUUUCCCCCAGCGGCACAAGGCGAGCCCCGGCUGUAUGUGCCACUGCCGUGCCCGAGGAGCUUCGCAGACUGCGUCGUCCCGCGGAUCCCGGCAGGAGAGGCAAGCGCAGCCCCAGAGGUGCCGCCGGCCAUGGACGAGGGGCUCGCUCGUUUGCAAGAGAGGCAGUUGCUGGAGCACAGGGACUUCAUCGGGCUGGAUUAUCCCUCCUUGUAUAUGUGUAAACCCAAGAGGGGCAUGAAGAGAGACGAGAGCAAGGAGACAUACAAACUGCCACAUAGAUUGAUAGAGAAGAAGAGACGAGACAGGAUUAAUGAAUGCAUUGCUCAGCUGAAAGAUUUAUUGCCUGAGCAUCUGAAACUGACAACACUAGGACAUCUGGAGAAAGCUGUAGUUUUGGAAUUAACUUUGAAACACUUAAAAGCUUUAACAGCCUUAACUGAACAACAGCAUCAGAAGAUAAUUGCUUUACAGAAUGGAGAAAGAUCUCUGAAGUCUCCUCUCCAGUCCGACCUGGAUGCUUUUCAUUCGGGAUUCCAGACGUGCACCAAAGAAGUCUUGCAAUACCUCUCCAGGUUUGAAAGCUGGACUCCCAGGGAGCAGCGAUGCACCCAGCUCAUCAACCAUCUGCACUCGGUUUGCAUGCGGUUCCUCCCUAGCCCUCAGCUCUUGACUCCAAAGAUCUGUGGGAGCAAAGGACCAUGUUCCAGCUCCUCUGCUUCUUCCUGUGUGCAGCAAGAUCAUACCAGCCCAAAGCUGGAAAGCCAGCCAAACUGUGUGCCCGUCAUCCAGAGGACCCAGAAUAAUAGCAGUAAUAGCGGCGGCGGCGGCAACAGUGCCCAUCAUCAUCCCAGCAGCAGUGUGGAGCUUGGUGGGGAGAACGACACAGACACGGAUAGCGGCUACGGAGGGGAGUGCGAGGGAAGACCAGAUGGCGAGAAGAGCCAAGGCAAUGGGACGAUCAAGCAGGAGCCCUCCGGGGAUGAGCCAGCAGCCAAGAGGUUGAAGCUGGACUGCAGCAGCAGCAGCAGCCCCUCCGCAGUGCUGAGCCCAGACCAGGCAGUGGCUGCCGCUCUCAUGAGACCUGACCCAGCCCUGCUCAGCUCCCUGGUGGCUUUUGGAGGGUUAGGGGGAGGGGGAGGGGGAUCUCCCUUUGCUCAGCAACCUGCUGCUCCUUUUUGCCUGCCUUUCUACUUCAUCUCCCCCUCAGCAGCCGCUGCCUACAUGCAGCCGUUCCUGGACAAGAGCAACCUGGAGAAAUAUCUCUACCCAGCUGCUGCGGCUCCCAUCCCCUUGAUCUACCCAGGGAUUUCUGCUCAGGCUGCGGCUGCGGCAGCGGCAGCUGCCGCGGCAGCUGCCUUCCCCUGUCUUUCCUCAGUGUUAGCACCAGCAGAGAAAGCCAGUUCAGCUCCAGCAACCACCUCAGCCCUGCUCCCUCCUGAUGUGGCUUCUGCUGUCCAGCAGCUUUCCCAUCCGUUCAUUGGCAACCCAGCUGGCCUCAGCCUGGACAUGGCUCUCCCUUCACAAGAAGAGCCUCUGCAGGCUGGAGAGGAAAAUCCUUGAGCGACUCCUGUAGCAGAUACAGCAUUUAUCAUGGAAACCUACAUGGAUCUUGCUUCCUACUUAACGGCAGAGAUCCAUCACGCUUGAGAAUGAUAAGCCUCUCUCCCUCUUUUAAGGGAAAGCUUACUAGGUCAACCAUUUUUGGCUCCUUUGUUUAACAAAAAUUAAGCUCUGUCUUCUUUUCCCUCCUCCCCAGCAUCUUUUUCCAAGAGCUCCUUGUUCAUUUUUCCCUCGUGACAUUUUUUCAUGCUUUAUACAUAUAUAAAAAAACGCACUCACAGGUUUGGUAGCAUUGCAGGUUUGUUAUUUUUACCAUUUGAAACAAAAGCCAAUGGAAGGACUCUUUUAGGGGAAGACAACAGAGCUGAACUUUCUGUGUAAGUGGAGGGUUUCAACAUAAUUGCAAAGUCCAUGGAAAACAGGAAGGGGGCAAUAGCAUCUUGAACUAGGAAGGCAAGUUAGGCAAUACCAUGUAACCGUGCUGAUGCCAUGAUUACAGGCGCUUUAGGGAUGGUCAGUAAUAGUGAUGGUGGUGGUGGUGAUAUGAACAGCACAGGAAUGUUCUGGAUAACAGAAAUUACUCUGAGGGGCUCAAGCUGCCGAGAGGGUUUCCUGCAACAGGCCCUGUUGCUUUUAAUGGAAAUUCUGCAAGAGCUCUACAAUACUUCUACGUAACUUCAGUGGGAUUUGUGCAGAAGGAUUUCAUGGCAGAUUAUACCAAUAGCAGGACAAGCAAGCUUUAGCAUACUAUGCGUCCUGCUUCAUGGUUUCAUCAACUAAGGCUGCAAUCCUAUGUCCAGCUUCCUGGGAGUAGGUCACACUGAGCUCACUGACAUUUCCCUCUGAGUGGACAUGCAUAGGCUAGCUCUAUAAGAUGCAGCUACAAUUAGAUGCACACUUUCCUGGGCAUGUCCUACUGAACUGAAUCGGGCUUUCGAGUAAAGAAGCUCAUCAUGCCCAUGAUGGCUCAUAGUUCUCUGUACACUUAUUUGGGAUUAAACUUGACUCAAUUCACAGAGAUUUACUUCUGAGUACACUUGCAUAGGUUUAUGCUAUAAGGAUGCAAUUUUGGUUGGAAGUCAGAUCCAAGGGGCUGGGAUCUCUAAGUCCAAAUCUACUAAACUCUAGUUGUCAUGCUGCUUACUUAGGAAUACUCCUAGUGAAGCCUGUAUUGUUACUGUGGGGUAAGUUGUUUUGUGAAUGAAAGCCUGUGAAUCCCAGAGCUUUGCUACUCUAUUAUGGACAUCUUAAUUGGUUGCAUAUAAGAAUCGUGGUGAACCAGCCAGUGAAAUGUAAGUGCAGCUAAACAACACUGUAAUCCAUGGGCUGACAUCAGAUCUUGCCAGAUGCCAACCAUCUGAUGCAGAUUGCGUGUAUUCAGAGCUUAGGAACCAUUUCUUUCCAUUACAGCUUAGGGCUGUAGGUUACCUUCGUGACACAGAAUGUUUGGAUUAUUCUAUUCGUGAAAAUAUGGGCAUGGAGAGAGAAAGCAGGAGGUGAGAAUAACCUUUACUUUGCUAGCACUUUAUUGAGAAAUAGGCCAUGAAUGAAUUGACCUUGCUUUAGGGGGGUUUUUUAGGGACUUUUUUUCUUGCAUAAUUAGAGCUGUCCCUGGUUUUGGCUCAAGGGUUCAGACAGUGCAAGAACCCAUCCCAUGCUGUAAUUUAGUUUUUGUUUAAAGUAAGUGCAUCUGUCCACAUCUUCGGGGGUUUGUUUUGUUUUGUUUUUUUGGUUUUGGCUGUGUUCCUGUUUUUGAAUUACCUUGUAUAGGAAGGAACAUUGUUACACCAGACUAAAAACAUGACAUUUCAGAUUAACAGAGCAAUCUUACAUGUGUUCAUUCAGAAUUCCUACUAUUUUUUUGUAGACCAAAGGUCUUAAAUUUGGUUGCCAACCGUUUGUACUCUCCUUCUCUUGUGCCUUUAACAGCAGCCUAAACAUACGGUUGCUAAUCCAGCUGUAGUUCUGUACAUCCUAGGGGUAUGCCUACCAUGUGUAAUACAGCUGCAUUCCUAUACACUCUAAUCUGGGAGAAAGCCCCACUGAACUCAACAGGAUUUAGUUCUGUGUAGAUGUGCAUAGAUUGCACUGUAAGAAUUCAGCCAAUUCAGUAAGCCAGAAUUCUAUUAUGUUGUGGAUUGGGAAUAUGGCAUCUGUAACAGUUUUAUUUCUGUUUCUCUGUUGGUGGAUCGGGACAUAAAUGGUUCAGCUUUUCUUGGCAUGGAGAUAAAGACUUUGUUUGCUUAAUAUUGGCAUGUUAGGCCACAGUUAAAGGCACAGGCAGGAAAUAAGCCAAAAAAACCUAAGAGGAGAUAACAAAUAAUUUUUAAAGUAUGUGUGGGUAAUUGGGGAAAAGGUGGGAUAAAGCUUCAAUGGCAAGAUCUUUCUCUCUCCAAAUAUCCUGAUUUCCCUUUCUGAGGACAGUUGCCAGACACCAGAUAAUCACACAACUAAAGCUUUGUUAAUAAGGCUUAAGCCAAGAACCUUGCCUAGAUAUUUUUAGUUUGUUGCCAAGGUAGCACUGUGAGAAAUCUCACUUGAAUGUUAUGCAAGAGGUGAGACACAACAGUCUGACUAUGAGUGAAUAUGCCCGGGUCUGUUAGUCAUUUGGGGUGCGUUUGCUGCUGCUACUGUUGCUACCGUUUGCCUCAGACGCUGUAUUUAAACAACGUUGUUGUUGUUUUCCUUUCCUUUUCUUUUUUUUAAAAUUUUACUAGCCUACAGAAUGGCUGUAUGUAAAUAGUUGUUAAUACAUCCAAUUAAUGAUGCCCAACAUGCUAUUUUUGUAGGAAAAUCUGUGUUAAUGAUAUUUUGAGUUAAAAUAUCUCUUUUGUGGAGGAAUUGCUGAAAAAAGUUGCACUUUUGUUACAAUGCUUUUGCUUGGUACAAGCUUAUGCUGUCUUAAAUUAUUUAAAAAAGAAAUACUGUCUGCAAGAAAUCAGCUGUUUUAAGAACAGUUUAAGUAUGUGAGAUAUUAGGAAUUGAUCUUUAUAUUGGGUAUUUUCCAGCAGUCCAUGAAUUAUACUAUCAAAAUAUUUCCACAAUAUUUUGUGAUUUAAGCAAAAAAAAAUUCUUACUAAAGAAUAAAAAAACCUUUAAUACACAA